CAUCAUCCUGCCAACAUGAGGGGAUCCACGUUUGCCGCGCAGGCCCUGGUGCCGGCCGUGCUGCUUUCACCAGUUGUCUCCGCCAUCCCGGCUCCCACGGCCUUUGCUCCGGCGGUCGCCCCGCCCGCGCCCGUCAUCACCCCUUCGCCCGUCCAGCAUCCCCCGUCUCGCGUGGCGGGUCGCAACCUGUUAAGUGAUGUAGAUUCCGAUGUCAACAGCGUCCUGUCGGGACUAGGAUCGGAUCUCCCGUCGUGGGUCGCAUCCGGCGUGCCCAACUACUUCCAGGGGUUCCCCACGGGCGAUGCCGUGGUGAGCUCCCUGGGCUUGAACAGCGCCGAGUUGGCCGCCUUGCCCACCAACGUGCUCAACAUCGACCCCUACGCCAACUGGACCCGCUCCGGCUGGAAUGUUCGCUUCCACGGCAAUGUCUACAAGCAGCCCAACACCUCCGUCGCCGAUCUGAACCAGUUGGCCGACGUCUUUCUCGGCAACACCAGCAUCUCCGACCUGUCGGAGUCUGAGCAGGAUCAAGCCCGGAACCUGACCGCGGAAAUCCUGGUGGUCCAGCAACCGCACGUCGUCGUGAACACGAUCCACCUGGAGCCGGCCCCCAGUCAGGGCUCCAGCGGACAGCCCGGCGGCGGGGGCGCCUCGAAUACCACCGGGGGCACCCAAGACCUCACCCUGCCCUAUAAUACCACGGUCGAGGGCGACUUCGACACCUUCGUGCCGAUUGCCGCCAACGGUCUGACGGCCGGCAAUGAAACCACGGCCAUCCAACGACUCAACACGUACGUCGAGGGGGCCACCCUUGGCAACAGCACGGCGUAUCUGGUGCCGCCCACCGGGCUCACCAUCAUCUCGGACAUUGACGACAUCCUGCGGGUCACGAAGAUCUACGAACCCGAGCAGGGGUUGCUCAAUUCGUUUGCCCGUCCCUUUCGACCCUGGGAGAACAUGCCCGACAUCUACCGUAAUUGGUCGAUCAGCCUCCCCAACCUGCACUUCCACUACCUCACCACCACCCCCGAACAAGUCACCCGGAAUUACAUGCAAUUCAUCUACGACAACUACCCCGGCGGGUCCUUCGACACCCGCCCCCUCAACUUCAGCGAUGUCUCGGCCACGCUGUCGAUCCGCAAGUUCCUCCUGAACAAGAUCUUUGAGACCUUCCCGCAGCGCCAAUUCAUUCUGGUCGCCGACACCAGCAACAGCGACGUGAUGCGCGAUUACCCGGAAAUGGCCACCACCUUCCCCGGCCAGGUGCAGUGCAUCUUCCUCCGCAACACGAGCGCCACGGACUCGGGGGACCGAUUCCCCUACGAUACCUCUGGCUUCAAGCAUCUCAACCAGUCGAAUUACAUGUUCUUCCGACAUCCGGAUGACCUGACGAACUUGGAUAUCGCCAAUGGCCAGUGUUACAAUACCUCCAUUCCGCAGAAUCUGACCUUUAGUUACCAGGGGCUGCCGCUGGGACUGGGCGAUGCGCCCACCUCGGUCAAUGGGUCGGCGAAUCAUACGGCGGAGUCGGCCGGGGGACGGUCGAUGACGGGUCCGGGGGGUGCGGAGAUCCUCGCUUUGAUCCUAGCGUUGGCCACGGUCCAGGGGAUCCUCUUGUAGACCGUGCGAUGAAUCACGAGUGAUAAUUUAUGUAAACUUAUGAUCCAGAUAAAAAGCCUCGAGACUCCAAAUGACUAUCGCCGUUAUGGUCGGACGAUAUAUAUCUCUCUCUCUCGCGGUCGUAUUGAUAGGUAGUACUGGAUGAAAUCUCCG